AGGUUGAUCUUCUACCGAGCUAGCAUGGUCCUAUGGCUCUCCAAAUUAGCAGAUGUGUAUAGGGUGCAACGCCACCUCGGCUAAUUGUGAUUCUCUUUUUCAGCUUCCUCCGUUUUGCCGCUCUUGGUGCCUAUAUCUCUUUCUUCUUCUCUCCACCCUUUUUCCUUUUUCGUCCUUCCCAAUUUUGUUCAGCGCUCGUGGCGAAGGAGACCAGUACUACGGGAAUCUGGCAUUUAGGCAGCCGCACCGACUCAGGCGUACGACGGACAGUCCGUCCAUACAGUAAUUACCCAACCGUACUAGUAUAGCCAUGAAAGCCGGAUCCGAAUAAUCCAAGGACGAUGUCGAUAACAACAUCCAUCGUUGGUGGUUGUCAUCCAGACGUAUGUGCUGCUAAUAAUAGAAGCGGACGGAAAAACAAUGUUUCACAUGACACGAGUGCGUGAUCAAUGUUUCGAGCACAUAGAAAAAUCAAGGAUGAUGGAUACUGUCUAGAACAUCGAGAUCGCUUAGUUUCUUGACGAUCCGAAAUCAGAAAAAUCCAUUCGAUGAAAUGAGUCGUUAGCUGAUUAGUAUUGAUGGGAUGAUAAGAGGGGUGUGGGUGGUGUCGUGUGGGUGGUCGUUGGUUCGGUCGCAAUCCAGACCGUGGAGGGGCUGUGUUAGCCUGUUUGCAGGUGGUCCAGAACGUCCAUGCUUUCUCCUUCUCGACUGGGAAGGUGGAAUGGGAUCCCUUACUAACAACUAGUACUUACUUGAACUUGAAUCUGCAAGGCAUGCAUGAUGGAAAGAAUGUUCUAUUCUGCAAGGGAUGAAAAUAUUGGAUAAUAGGAAAUGUUCUGGAAGUGUCGAUCUUGAGGCAUGCAUGUGACCUGUUACAGUGAUGAAUCACAGAGCUCGAUCGAGAGAUAUUGACUUGGGUUAAUUCUCAUGGUGUCUGCUACUACUAGGUACCGCUUUGGAAGACAAUUUUUUUU